AUGGCAGAAACUAGUCUUGCUAUUGGAGACUAUAUUGCAGUUUUAAAUAAUCUAGACGAUUAUGACAGUGCAUCUGCAGAACCGGAAUGGCCAUCGCUAAUGACACCAAUGCCUUCGUCUCAGAACAGUGAUUCGCUGGGAUCACCUCCCGGAAGGCAUCAUCAGGGUCCUAGCUCGUCGAAACAGAUGAUGGCUGUACAAGAAAACCGGCAGUUUAAAAUCUGCCAAACCUCAGUAUCAAAUACAAACGAACUGCCGACGCACCAAGCAACAAAAAUGGUCGUCGCCCGUCAUAUCGAUUUAUCAGUUCAAACUACCAUUAAGUUUGUUCCGGAAAAUACUUCUGCUUCCACGUCUAUAAAAAAUAAUGACUAUGGUGUCUACACUCCAACUACUCCGGUUACGGGGAUGUCAUUGCAGCUUAAUGGUGAAGGCAAUUCAUCGCCUGAUAAAUCGGAUAUCGUCAGGGAUCCAUGGUUGACUCCUGACAGCGGCAUUGCAACGCCGUCGGUAGAUGGGAGUAUUUGUUUAUCACAGAUAAAUAGCAACGCAGAAGGUGACGGACGAACUAACACUACUGAUGAAAAACUAACACCAAAGCCAGUAAAACGUCGGAGGCGUACCGCAAUGUUGAAUAUGAUGGCAGUUAAAAGCAAAAAAUUAAAGACAGAUAUCAUCGGAACAGUUUCACAGUGUGCUUCAAACGUUCAUUGUGCAAAGACCGCUUCAUCUCUUGGAUGCAGUUUCACGAGUGAUCCAGACCGUCCGGCAGGAGACUUACCAAGCAGGUGUAAGGGUGAUGUGGUAUUCAGCGCAAGUUUGAAUAAGGAAAAUGUUAGAAGCACAACUACCGGGAAGCGAAAACGCCGGGCGAAGAUUGUUCGACCGAAUGAAGAGGAAUUCAAUGAAAGAGUUGCAGCAAAAUUGGUCGGAAGACUUGUAAUUAAGCAGUCAAUUCCUAAAUACCGUAUAACCUACAAUGAACUACUUCGCCGGGUUGGAGCUCCUGAAAUGUUCAACGUUUCUGCUUUAAUAACGUUGUUUAGGAUAAAGAAGGAUGCUGAGAGUAGCACAAGGAUUUUAAAUAUACUUAAAGAUGCUGGCUACGAUCUGAAAAAAGGUAGACGUAUGAACCGCCAUAUCACUCGUUUCUCCUCAUUUGCUGAAGAAGAAGCGAUUGAAACCGGGAACGACGUUGAAAAGAUUGCUAAAGCCUAUACGCCUGUCGAAGCAGCGUCGAAGUUGUUCUUCGAAAAACAAAAGGCUCGCCUACCAAUCAAUGCAGUCAUGAGCAAACUGCAGCAUUUACCGUAUGUUACUCAUGGGUUUUCAAAAACGGCGUAUGCAGGAUUAUUUGAUUCAUUGAAGUAUAUGGCUGAAUCUAACCUGAAUUACGCAACGCAGAACUCUGCGUUGAGUAAUAACACAGAGGUGCCGCUUCCAAAUCUAUAUCGAAAUUGCCCCGACAGUACUUCUCUGCCGCCAUCUCAGCGUGCUGCUGCUGAUCAAUGGACGAGCGUGAAUAACUCGAACCCCAACGAAAACAGCUUUACCGGGGUCGGCACAGCUCCAGCGAACGGAUGCUAUCUGCCACAGAACUAUCAUGAUCAGAUUUCGUAUAAGGAUUCUUACAAUUUCUGUAAUUCGUAUUCGCCAGAAAGUUAUGAUUCAUUUUUUGUAACAGGUCGUGAUAAUGCCCCAUCCACUUCGUCUUGCUCUUACUAUGAAAGUAAUAAUCAGUGUUUGAGGUCUUAUGGCUUGAACAACUUACCUAACGGUUCACACCGACAGUUAUUUGUUUAUUAUCAGUAG